AUGGCAGUCAUGAGGUUGUUGCCAUAUUUUAAGGUUCGUGGCUUGGCCUUGAUGAUCGUGAUGACGUGUUGCAUGUUCUUGUUCUCGACGAACAUUGUAGAGGGUGUUGUAGGCAUAAAUUGGGGUAGAAUGACCACAAACAGACUGAUUCCAUCCAUGGUGGUAGAUUUGCUUUUACAAAAUGGGAUUCGUGAAGUGAAAAUGUUCAGCGCCAGUAAAAAUGUCCUGGAGGCCUUUUCCAGGAGCGGAAUUGAAGUCACCGUUACAAUUCCUAAUCAGAACCUCAAAUAUCUGCUAGACCCUAAAGCUGUCAGAAGAUGGAUUAACCAGCGGAUUAUCACUUUCAUAAGAGACGAAGUUGACAUAAGGAGCUUUUACAGAUAUGUCUGUGUCGGGACGGAUCCAUAUUCGAAAGCAUACAACAAUUUAACCUUUUAUUAUGCAUCUGAUGUGUUGAAAAUAGUUCAAAAUAGUCUCAAUGAUGCUGGUUAUGGAGAAAAAGUCAAAGCAAUAAUUCCACAUUUCUUUGAUGUCCUAAACACGAAUGUGUCGAAACCAUCAGAGGCAGAUUUUCGGCCUGAUAUAAAGGAUAUAAUGAUGGAUUUAGUACGUUUCCAGAGAGAAAACAAUGCUCCUUUUUUCAUGGACGUCUUCCCCAUCUACUAUGUUCACCUAAAGGGAUGGGACCCUGAAUUUGCUUAUCUUGAUAACAAAUCGAAUUUCUCCAUCGUGGACAAUAACGGCCUAAAGUACACGAAUGCAUUCGAUUUCCUUCACGAUUCAUUCCUUUGGGCAGUCAGGAAAGCCGGGGUGCCUGAUAUGAAACUGGUGGCGGGACAAGUUGGGUGGCCAACAGACGGCUAUCCUAAUGCGAGUCCUGAAAAUGCCGAGCGGUUUUACAAAAACUUCCUGCCCUCUGUCACCAGCAACCGAGGUACCCCACUGCAGCCUGGAGCCCCUAUCGACAUAUAUCUGCAUAGCCUAUCUGAUGAAAACUUGCUAAAAAUCGACAGGGGCGCAUUCCAACGCCACUGGGGGAUUUACAGAUUCGACGGCGUGCCUAAAUAUAAGAUUGACUUCACCGGACAAGGGCAUGAUAUCUUCCCAACCACGGCCCGAGGAGUGACCCGCAUGCCGCAGCGAUGGUGCAUAUUCAACGGAGACGUCAACAAUAUCACUGCAUUGAAAACUGAAUUCGAUAAGGCAUGUCAGAAAGCAGAUUGCACCCCUCUGGCGCCUGGAGGAUCCUGCAGUCACCUGGAUUUUGAACACAAUAUUUCUUACGCAUUCAAUAUGUAUUUCCAAAUGACGGGCCAGUAUGCCGAAAAUAAAUCAUGCAGUUUUCAGGGUUUAGGCAAGGUGGUUCCUGAUAAUCCAUCAAUUGGCACAUGCGUUUUCCCUGUGGAGAUAUUGGCUGCUGAAGAAGCCGUUGCUGGAGUAUCAUUUGGAGCUGCACUUUUACAUGCUACAAGUGGAGAAAUGAUUCAUAGAGGCCACGUAGGCCCUGUUAGUGUAGCAGUAUUGUUCUCUAGUGGUUAA